CUGAUAAAGGGACGUCCCUGAGCGCGGGGACAGGCGGUUUCCCGAUGCCACCGCUCCGGAGGUGGCACUGCCGGAGCCACCACCAGGGUCCCGUGUGCCGGCGUGACCCCGUGUCCUCAGUGUCCCCUGUGUCCCCCGUGUCCCCCGGCAGUGUCACCAUGCGCCUGCCCCGCUGCCUCCUGCUCCUGGCCAGCCUCAUCCCGCCAGCCCUCGGCUCCUGGGGGGUCUCCUACCCCGAGUCCCUGCAGGCCAGCGGGGGGUCCUGCCUGGUUGUCCCCUGCACCUUCAGCUACCCCGCGGAUGUGACAACCGCCGACGGCAUCGUGGCCAUCUGGUACAAGGACUACGAUGGCCAGCGGACGCUGGUGUUCCACUCCACCACCCCCAAGGAUGUGGAUCCCCGUUUUGGGGGUCGUGCCCAGCUCCUGGGGGACCCCAUGGCCCGGAAUUGCACCCUGCUGCUGCGGGGGGUGACACCAGGGGACAGUGGCCUCUACAGGUUCCGCUUCGAGAUCAUCAACGGCGACCGCUGGUCGGCGUCGCGGGAUGUGACCCUGAGCGUUUCGGAGGAUCUGGAGAGUCCCAGCGUCACCAGCAGCGAGGAGCAGACCGAGGGACAAAGGUCCACCUUGGAGUGCUCCACGCCCUACGUUUGUCCCGGGGGUGACAUCGUCCUGCACUGGGAGGGCUACGACCCCCGGGUGUCCGAGGUGUCCGGCCGCGUCCAGCUGGACACCAGCGGGGUCGGCCACCAGGUUAACCUGACCAGCUCCUUCUCCUGGAAGGACCAUUCCAAGAAGCUGCUCUGCGAGGUUUCCGACGGAUCCAAGAGGGCGAGCACGGAGGUGGUGCUGCGGGUCAGGCACACCCCCAAGGACACCCGGGUGUCGCUGAGCCCAUCCUCGGGGAACAUCGGCGUGGGUGACACGGUGACGCUGAGCUGCGAGGUUGGCAGCAGCCACCCGCCGGUCUCGGGGUACCACUGGUACAAGGACGGGGUGGCCGUGGGCACCGAGCGGGUGCUGGCCCUGCGGGGCGUGCGCCGCCAGGACCACGGGCGGUACCGCUGCGAGGCCCAGAACGUCCUCGAUGCCAAAGGGACGAUCCGGGAGAUCGUGCUGCCCAAAGGGCUGGACCUGGACCGGCCCAAGCGGACGCGGACGUCCUUCACGGCGGAGCAGCUCUACCGCCUGGAGCUGGAAUUCCAGCGCUGCCAGUACGUGGUGGGCCGGGAAAGGACGGAGCUAGCGCGGCAACUCAACCUCUCCGAGACCCAGAUCGCGGCUCAGAUCUGCCGCCAGGCCGGGCUGGUGAAGAAAUCCAAGGACGUGGUGGAUUUCCACGAGGACAACUUCGCCAUCGUCUUCGCGGCCAUGGGGGUGAACAUGGAGACCGCGCGGUUCUUCAAGUCGGACUUUGAGCAGAACGGCUCCAUGGAGAACGUGUGCCUCUUCCUCAACCUGGCCAACGACCCCACGAUCGAGAGGAUCAUCACGCCGCGGCUGGCGCUGACCACGGCCGAGUUCCUGGCGUACCAGUGCGAGAAGCACGUGCUGGUCAUCCUGACCGACAUGAGCUCCUACGCCGAGGCGCUCCGGGAGGUUUCGGCAGCCAGGGAGGAGGUCCCGGGUCGCCGCGGCUUCCCCGGCUACAUGUACACGGACCUGGCCACCAUCUACGAGCGCGCCGGGCGCGUGGAGGGCAGGAACGGCUCCAUCACCCAGAUCCCCAUCCUCACCAUGCCCAACGACGACAUCACCCACCCCAUCCCCGACCUGACCGGAUUCAUCACCGAGGGACAGAUCUACGUGGACCGGCAGCUCCACAACCGCCAGAUUUACCCCCCCAUCAACGUUCUGCCCUCCCUGUCCCGGCUGAUGAAAUCGGCCAUCGGAGAGGGAAUGACCCGGAAGGACCACGGGGACGUGUCCAACCAGCUGUACGCCUGCUAUGCCAUCGGCAAGGACGUGCAGGCCAUGAAGGCCGUGGUGGGCGAGGAGGCGCUGUCGGCCGACGACCUCCUGUACCUGGAGUUCCUGCACAAGUUCGAGAAGCAUUUCAUCUCCCAGGGGCCCUACGAGAACCGGAGCAUUUUCGAGUCGCUGGACAUCGGCUGGCGGCUCCUGAGGAUCUUCCCCAAGCAGCUCCUCAAGCGCAUCCCGGAAAACGUCCUGGCCGAGUUCUACCCCCGCGAGGCCAAGGCGGCCGAGCAGGGCACGGCCCUGUGAGCCCCGAUCCUGAAAUUCCGGAAAUUCCCGGAAUUCCUGAAAUUCCCCGUCCCUAAAAUCCCAUCCCCCUUCCCUAAAUUCCCCCUUCCCUAAAUUCCCUCUUCCCUGAAAUCCCUCUUCCCUAAAUUCCCUCUUCCCUAAAUUCCCUCUUCCCUAAAUUCCCUCUUCCCUAAAUUCCCUCUUCCCUAAAUUCCCCCUUCCCUAAAAUCCCAUCCCCCUUCCCUAAAAUUCCAUCCUCUUUCCUUGAAAUCCCCCUUCCCUGAAAUCCCCACAAAUCCCUAAAAUCUCCCUUCCCCAAAAUUCCCCUUUCCUGAAAUUUCCCUUCCCUGAAAUUUCCCUUCCCUAAAAUCCCCACAAAUCCCUGAAAUCCCCCUUCCCUAAAAUCUCCCAUCCCUAAAAUCCCAUCCCCCUUCCCCAAAAUUCCUUCUUCCCUAAAUUCCUUCUUCCCUAAAAUCCCAUCCCCCUUCCCUAAAAUUCCCCUUUCCUAAAA